CGCGGAAUGAAAACAGGUCAAACCCAAUCCUCUCACUCUUCACCCGCCAGCCAGCCGGCCAGCUUUCUCUCUCUUAAAUUUUCUCUCAAUUUGGAUCUCUGUAGAGGAGGCUCCAUUCCUCUGCUUCUCCGGCACCGGAUUUUGACUCCACCCGCCGAUUGGAAAUGAUUACAAUUCCUUAUCUCACCGCUUUGACAACUUACUUCAGCUAUGGACUUCUUUUCGUAUUCGGCCAACUACGUGAUUUCUUCCGUAAAAUCAUCGAUUGCUGGUCCCGAAGCAGCCUUCAGGGGUAUGCACCGAUCUGCUUGGGGCUAGAGGAUUUCUACGUUCGGAGGUUGUACCUGAGGAUUCAGGACUGCUUUAAUCGACCAAUUUCAAGCCCUCCAGAUGCAUGGAUUGAUGUGGUGGAGCGUGUCUCCAAAGACAAUAACAAAACACUACAGCGAACCAAAAAUAUAAGUAGAUGCCUCAAUAUAGGAUCAUAUAAUUAUCUAGGGUUUGCUGCAGCUGAUGAAUACUGUACGUCUCGUGUAAUUGAAUCCAUGAAGAGAUUUUCCCCAAGCACCUGCAGCACUCGGGUUGAUGGAGGAACAACAAUAUUGCACACUGAACUAGAGCAGCGUGUGGCGAGUUUUGUUGGAAAAUCAGCUGCCGUAGUCUUUGGCAUGGGUUAUGCAACAAAUUCUGCCGUUCUUCCUGCAUUAAUUGGAAAGGGAGGUUUGAUCAUUAGUGAUUCUCUGAACCAUAACUCCAUAGUAAAUGGGGCUCGAGGAACUGGAGCUACUGUUCGGGUUUUUCAAAAUAACACACCAUCCCAUUUGGAGAAAGUUCUGAGGGAGCAGAUUGCUGAUGGACAGCCUAGAACACACAGACCUUGGAAGAAAAUAAUUGUUCUGGUGGAGGGAAUAUACAGUAUGGAAGGGGAGAUAUGCAAGCUUCCCGAGAUUGUUGCCAUAUGUAAGAAAUAUAAGGCAUAUGUUUAUCUGGACGAGGCCCACAGCAUUGGAGCUAUUGGCAAAACUGGAAGGGGUGUGUGUGAACUCUUGGGGGUUGAUACUGCAGAUGUGGAUGUCAUGAUGGGAACUUUCACUAAAUCAUUUGGAUCUUGCGGUGGUUAUAUUGCAGGAUCUGAGGAACUCAUUCAAUACUUGAAGUAUACCUGCCCUGCACAUCUUUAUGCGACAUCAGUAUCACCUCCAGCUGCGCAACAAAUCAUUUCUUCCAUUAAGGUUAUUCUUGGAGAAGAUGGUUCUAACCGAGGGGCUCAGAAACUAGCACGGAUUCGUGAAAACAGUAACUUUUUCCGGUCUGAAUUGAAAAAAAUGGGUUUUGAGGUAUUGGGAGGCAAUGAUUCCCCUGUAAUGCCUAUCAUGCUCUAUAAUCCAUCAAAAAUUCCUGCUUUUUCACGGGAGUGUCUCAAACGAAAUGUAAGCUUUGCAUCUCAGAUGUCGUUUGUUGGUUUCAUUUCUGAAUAAUGGUCCAUUUACUUU